GUCUCAACAGCAGAGGAUAACGGUAUCUUGCUCUACAACGGAGACAACGAGCCACUCGCUGUGGAGCUCCAUCAGGGUCACGUCAGAGUCACAUAUGACCCGGGAAAUCAGCCUGCCACCACUAUCUACAGCACUGAGACGGUGAACGACGGUCUGUUUCACACGGUGGAGCUGGUGACCUUUAACCGGAUGUUGAACCUGUCGGUGGACGGAGGCGAGCCGACGACCCUGGACAGCCAGGAGGGCCGGAGCCAGCGGGGGGCCGGGGACGCCCCUCUGUACGUGGGAG